GAACUUGACUAUGUGAGAACAGGAAGACGCGGUGAUAUUUCCGUUAUAAAAUUUCUUUGCGUUAAACGAUAAAAUAUGAAUAUAUCCUUUUCUCAAAUACCACUGUGUUUGCUGUUGAUUUUGUUAAUAGGGUCGUACAAAGUGUAUACCUGGGAAGAGGUAACGGAAGAUGAGUACGCUCCUCCUCCACCCGUGAACGUCGACCUCCAAGCACAAUGGAAAGGAGUCAGUUGCUCCUGGAGUUUUCCCAGCAAAGAAAACUAUUCCUGCCAUGAGACCACGACCAUCAGCAUCAUGACGCUCGCGCGGAAUGUUUCCGUCGACUUGCCGAGCACGAAGGAGAGUUUUCCAUUAAAUCUGACUGCCUGCGACGUCGGAGAGAUCAACUGCACAGUGGCAUUCCGUGGAGGCACAAAUGGAACAAGUGCAAGCGCUUUUAACAGCACUGACUUCACAGAUGAAUUCGCAGGAACUCUCGUAUCGAGUCUGGACAUCCUACCACACCCCGAGACCCUCGAGAUAUCUUGGUCUCUCGAAGAUGAAAACUGCAGCAGGAUUGGAGGGUACAGGAUACUGGUCUCAGGUGAAGGACUCUUCGUUAACGCCACUUUCAAUGACACGACGCCCCACAACAUCACCGUGAAAGACCUCGUUCCUUGUACCUCUUACGUCGUCGAGGUUCAGCCUUUGGCGGUGGAUGGCUCGGGUGACCUUGCUCGGCCGUGCAAUGACAGCUCCAAAACAAACUCCUCUGCGCCUGGUCCUACAAGCGAGGUAUUCUGUGAAGAGCCCUCGACCGGAUACGAAUUUAAUGUUUCGUGGUCCCCGCCCUUGCGAAACAACUGCGUCAGAAGCUACUCUCUGAAUUACACCGGAAGUGUCCUCUGGUCAGAGGAAACGACUCAGGCCGAGAACGUUAGUUCUUCGUCUCCAUUUCAACUGCAAGGAUUGAUACCCUGGACCUUCUACAAUGUCUGCGUUGCAGGAGUAACUGAAGACGGAAGUGAGGGCGCUUAUAACUGCUGCACUACCACAACAGCGCAAGAGGCUCCUGGCCCUCCUGAGAAUUUCGGUGCUAAUGUCAUGGGACCAUCCACUGUAGAAUUCUCUUGGGAUGCUCCCAUCGAAAAGAAUGGCAAUUUGACGGGAUAUCGCAUUUCUUGGGACAAUGGAAGCAGAUCAGUUACAACCAGCGAAUAUCAAGCAACACUUUCUAAUUUGGCUUCAGAGACCAGUUAUAAUUUUACAAUUCAGGCAAAAACUGAAGAGGACAAUUUCGGCGAGGGCAGCAGCAUUGACUUAACUACAGCUGAAGAGAAGGACUACGCUCCCGCCAUCGUUGCCGGGGCGUCGGUGACUGUAUUGGUACUCAUCAUUGCUGUCCUUGCUUUUGUGUACAGGCUCAAGCUUCGAAACUUUAGGACCAAGAUGGUGGCAAGGAUUCGCGGAAGAAGUAUUUACUCUACAUCGACUUCUUCUCACAAUGGUCACGUGAUGCCACCGAUAGAACGCCCCUUCAAAUCUCGGCAAAUCCCAGACACAAAACCCAUGAAGAAAGAUGAACUGCGACAGUACAUCGCUGACCUCGAAUUAGACUCCCAGAAAGGCUUGGAAGAAGAAUUCGCGCUCCUGAAGAGCGUGAGUAGCUCUCACCCUGACGAGGUCUCCAAGGCCUAUUAUAACAAACAGAAGAAUCGCUAUGCUAAUAUUCUGCCUUAUGACCAUACAAGAGUUGUCUUAAAAGGACAAGAUGGGGUCCCAGGAUCAGACUAUAUUAAUGCCAGCUAUAUUGAAGAUAUCAGUGACAAGAGGACUUUCAUAGCCUCGCAGGGGCCCAAGGACUCCACAGUACCCGACUUCUGGAAAAUGAUCUGGGAACUGGAAUGUUUCAACAUCGUCAUGCUCACGGAUCUCGUGGAGAGAGGAAGGAGCCACGUCAAAACCAAGCGAAAGAUACGACAGUUUCACUUCACGGCGUGGCCCGACUACGGGGCUCCCAAGCACGAGGACCAGUUGUUAGACUUCAUAUCAUUCAUCAGAACCCAAAGAGAAGUGGUCGGAAAACCGAUGGUCGUCCACUGCAGCGCCGGAGUUGGACGCACGGGAACCUUCAUCGGCGCGUGGAACUUGAUCGAUUUGAUCAGAAAGGAACCUUCUAGCCCCUACAUAGACAUUAAGAGAGAGGUCUUAGCAAUGAGGGAAUGCAGGCCUUUGAUGGUGCAGUCUCAGGACCAAUAUUUAUACUUAUGUAAAUGUAUCGCGGCGUAUUUAGACGAACCUAAACGAUGGAAGAUGGAGAGCGACUCGGUGGAACCUCAAAGCUACGACAACGACGCUUAUGAUGAAGAACCGAAGACUGAAUCAUGAGAAUUUGUGUUAGCUUUAAUUCCAAAAUAUAUAAAGUUGAGAGGUUGGCUAUAAUUUUGGUUCAGAUUGUAAAAUAUCAUAGCAAUGGAUAAUUACUUAUAUCUAAAUUCCGAUCUUUAGUUAUGAGGGACUAAUUUUAAUCCUAAGCCAUCUAAAUAUCUAAAAAAUCUGAAUAAUGAGAGUUUAUUUCAUAAUUUCUAUUUAACUUUUCAUGUCAAACGAAAAAGCAAUAAAGCCAUAAUCAUCUAUGUUUUUUUGUAGCGUAUCUAGCUUUCGGAGAAUA